CUGUCGUGAUAGUACACAUUUGGCGGCCAUUGGAUUUACCUUCCGGGGAAACAUCGAUGCAGCUUCGAGUUCUGAAAAAAGGAAAGCAGUUAUUUAAAUUCAAGAUUGCUACUUAGCUAUCGCUGGUGGGGGUUUUUUGCAGUUCAGUUUACUGUUUGCAAUUUAUUUCUAGUUUAGCUGAGCUUCAGACAUUAAAUAAUGUCCCACGGCAAGCGAAAAGAAAUCUACAAAUACGAGGCGCCAUGGACGGUAUAUGCGAUGAACUGGAGUGUCCGACCUGAUAAGCGCUUUCGGUUGGCGCUUGGAAGUUUUGUGGAGGAAUACAACAAUAAGGUGCAGAUGGUGGGUCUGGAAGAGGAAAGCUCUGAGUUUGUGUGUAGGAAUACCUUUGACCACCCAUACCCCACAACCAAGAUCAUGUGGAUCCCAGACACUAAAGGAGUUUACCCUGACCUCUUGGCCACCAGUGGCGAUUACCUGCGCAUCUGGAGGGUGGGCGAUACAGACACCAGACUGGAGUGCCUGCUGAACAACAACAAAAACUCAGACUUUUGUGCCCCACUCACAUCCUUUGACUGGAAUGAGGUCGACCCCAACCUGUUGGGUACCUCAAGCAUCGACACCACCUGCACCAUCUGGGGUCUGGAGACAGGACAGGUCCUGGGUAGAGUCAACCUAGUGUCAGGCCAUGUCAAAACUCAGCUUAUUGCUCACGAUAAAGAGGUAUAUGACAUCGCAUUCAGCCGUGCGGGGGGUGGCCGGGACAUGUUUGCGUCUGUCGGAGCAGACGGUUCAGUGCGCAUGUUCGACCUCCGUCACCUGGAACACAGCACCAUCAUCUAUGAGGACCCCCAGCAUCUCCCACUGCUCCGUCUCUGUUGGAACAAACAGGACCCCAACUACCUCGCCACCAUGGCCAUGGACGGCAUGGAGGUGGUGAUCCUAGAUGUGCGUGUGCCAUGCACUCCAGUGGCUCGGCUGAGUAAUCACCGUGCAUGUGUGAAUGGAAUUGCAUGGGCUCCACACUCUUCCUGCCACAUAUGCACAGCAGCGGAUGACCACCAGGCACUGAUCUGGGACAUCCAGCAGAUGCCUCGGGCCAUUGAGGACCCCAUCCUGGCCUACACGGCUGAGGGCGAGAUCAACAACGUGCAGUGGGCCUCCACUCAGCCUGAUUGGAUUUCCAUCUGCUACAACAACUGCCUGGAGAUUCUGCGGGUGUGAUAGCGGGGCCCAUUGGAACCGGGCCGGGCCCGGGAAGUCUCACGGCAGCCGUUUGUACUUACUCCAACGCCACCUCCUUCCUCUGUCGUGUCCCAGCUGGGUGCUGGUGGUUCUCACCUCCCCGUCUCCGCACCGUGUUAAAGGCUGUAAGCUGUGGAGAGCUACACCCAGGUGCAGGCUGUACCCAGACAAACGCACCAUCCUGUACGACAGCACAGCUGGUGGACUCUUAUCUCCAACGCUCUCUUUUUUUGUAUUUAUUUUUAUUACGUUUUACUUGAAGUAAACAUGCUUAUGGUUGUACUGUUUUAUCUCAGAGAUAACUGCCUACUUCGUGUAUAUGAACCACAUGGAAUGGGCUUAACUAUUGAUAAAUGUAGGUUGAUUCUCUUUAGACGAGCACUUGAUUUGUGUUUCCAUCUUCUGUCUCUGGCCAUGUAAAUAGUCAAAUCCACAAAAUUGUAUACUGUUUGUAAUGAAAGGCAGCUGCCGUGUAAUCCUCCUGUAGUGCUUAUAUUGCAGUGAAAGUUGCACACUCGGGAGUGCUGACUUUCCUUGUAUUCCUCCAGGUUCCUCGCACUAAACGCUGAGGGCCAGCCUGGUUUUACUCAGAGCCAAGUCUAAGCAAAGGACCAGGUUUAAAGACAUUUACUGCACUUUCCAAAUAGGGUGCAACCCCCAGCCUUCAUAUCAGAGCCCAGCUGAAGUUCGUCUCAGCUCCUGCUUCACCGUACUCCUGCACUCUUGGUUUAAAUGUGACAUACAGGCAGAGGGGGGUCUGGAGUUAAAGCAGGUUAAAGCAUGCAGUUACAGACCAAGCUCUUUGGCAUGUUGAACUAUAUUCUGUAUGGCUUAUAUUCUGUAUGGUUUAUUGCUCUUUUCUUAUUUGAUGUAUAGUUUUUGUGUGUGAUGGUGUUAUAUUACCUUUAUAGCUGAGCUGUAGAUACAGGUUUCUCGUUACUAUGUAAAAGGGCCGCAGGCACAAGCUCGACCCUUCCAUGUUUCAGACACUGUUCUCUGAUGAACAUGCUUGCAAAGUGCCUGUGCUUACAAAAGUUACAUUUCAGUAGAUUACAGCCACACUAAAGCACUUCCAUUUCCACACACUUCACACAUCAAAUUCAUUGCUGUUUUUCCCUAACUAAUCCAUACAUGUUUUUUAGGUGAUUCUUGUAUGCAAUGUUCAUUACCAGAGAUAGCCAUGACUUCUCUGCCCUAUAAGAAGUGGUACAUGUUGUGCUGGUCGGAUUUGGUUUAGCAGAGAUCUAAAUAGUCCUACUGUUCUGUAAUGCUGUUUUCAUUAUUCAAACACAGGUAACAUACUUGAUGUGAUUUGUGAGUUUUAUGAUGUCAUGUUUUUUCCCAUCAAUUUCAUAUCUUAACUAAAAUAAGUACAGAAGAUGAGCAGUGUUCACACACUUUCACUCUAGGAAUACAGUAUUUUAAAACUCAUUGUAGUUGCUAUGGCUUCCAUCCAUAAUAUUACAGUAAAUGUUUUGCUAUUUUAAGUCCGCUAUCAUUUGGUACUUUUUGUAAAUUUGUUCAUUUAAAAAUUUAUUUAUUUCCCUGGACCUGCAAAUACAUCAGGAUACUGAAGGUAGA